GGGCGGGCGGGCGGCGGGGGCGCGGCCAUGCCGGGGCGCGGGGCGCGGGCCGAGGCGGGCGCGGCGCGGGCGCGGGAGCCGGCGCGCCUGUGCGGCUACCUGCAGAAGCUGUCGGGCCGGGGCCCGCUGCGCGGCUUCCGCAGCCGCUGGUUCGUGUUCGACGCGCGCCGCUGCUUCCUCUACUACUUCAGGAGCCCGCAGGACGCGCUGCCGCUCGGCCACCUGGACAUCGCGGACGCCUGCUUCAGCUUCCAGGGCCCCGGCGACGCGGCCGAGCCCGGCGCCGCCCCGCCCGCGCACUUCCAGGUGCACAGCGCGGGCGCCGUGGCGGUGCUCAAGGCCCCAAGCCGCCAGCUGAUGACCUACUGGCUGCAGGAGCUGCAGCAGAAGCGCUGGGAGCACUGCAACAGCCUGGCCCCAGCCCGCUGGGCCGGCAGGGCCUCCCCCGCCCCCGGGGACCCCUCCCAGGGGCUGCUGGCCAGAGACAGCACUGCAGAUUCGCUUUUUCUGCACCCAGAUGCAUCUGCAGAAAAAGCCAGAAAUGUCCUCGCUGUGGAAACCGUCUCUGGAGAGUUGGUGGGAGAACCCCCUGCCAGCCAGCCGGCCCCGGGACACGUGAACCCCAUUAAUUUCUCCUUGAAGCAGUGGGGCACUGAGCUCAAAAACUCCAUGUCCUCGUUCCGCGUCGGGUGGGGGCACGGCGAGCGCCGGAGGAGCGUGUUCUACACCAGCGAGGAGUGGGAGCUCCUGGACCCCAGCCCGCGGGAGCUGGAGGAGUCGGCGCAGGAGGAGCGGCGGCAGCAGAGUCCUGAGGAGAGCAGAGGAGGCGCCGGCUCGGGCAUCGCCUUCGACCAGGGCCGCAUCUCCCACAAAGGAAAGCGCCCGCUGAAAGACAUCAUCGGUGCCUACCGGCACCGGAGCAGCAGCGGGGACCCCGCAGCCGAGGGGGCCCCGGGUGGCAGGCUGGGCCCCGACCCGCAGCUCCCGGCCCAGGCCCAGCAGGAGGAGCUGGAGCAGCUGAGGAAGGACCUGUCCAGCCAGAAGGAGCUGGUGCGGCUGCUGCAGCAGACCGUGCGGUCCUCCCAGUAUGACAAGUACUUCGCAAGCAGCCGGCUCUGCGCGGGGGUCCCGGAGGACACGCUGGAGCUGCUGCACCAGAAGGAUGAGCACAUCCUGGGCUUGGCGGGCCAGCUGGAGCGGCUCUGCCUGGAGAGAGACCGCCUCCAGGAGGAGGCGCAGGCCCUGAAGAGCAAGGCGGGCGAGCUGGGCCAGCAGCUGGCCAUGCUGCUGGAGACUGUGCAGGCCAAGGACGAGGUCAUCGUCAAGCUGUCGCGUCAGCUCAGCGAGAGCCCCCCCGGUGCGGACCCCAGCUCCCCGACUGGCGCAGACCCCCUGGAGCUGGACCGGCUGAAGGAUAAUCUGCAGGGGUACAAAACCCAAAAUAAAUUUCUGAAUAAGGAGAUCUUGGAGCUGUCGGCUCUACGCCGAAACGCGGAGCAGAGAGAGAGGGACUUGGCAGCAAAGUAUUGCAGCCUGGAGGCCAAGCUCUGCCAGAUAGAGAGCAAGUACCUGAUCCUGCUCCAAGAGCUGAAGACGCCGGUGUGCUCGGAGGAGCCGGGCCCCGCCCGGGAGGCCAUCGCCCGGCUGCUGGAGGAUGCCCUGCAGGUGGAGGGCCCCGAGCUGCUGGAGCAGGCGCCGCUGAGGCCGCACCUCGUCAGCGAGUACGACAUCCACGGGUUCCGGACCGUGCCGGAGGACGAUGAGGAGGAGCGGCUGGUGGCGAAGGUGCGCGCCCUGGACCUGAAGACCCUCCACCUGGCGGAGAGCCAGGAGGUGUCCACGGGGGUCAAGUGGGAGAACUACCUGGCGAGCACAGUGAACCGGGAGCUGGCCCGCGGCCCCGAGCUCAAGAGCCUGAUCCGCGCGGGCAUCCCGCACCAGCACCGCUCGCGCCUGUGGAAGUGGUGCGUGGACCUGCACACCCGCAAGUUCCGCGAGGGCGCCCCGCCCGGCUACUUCCAGGCCAUGCUGCGGCAGGCGCUGGAGCGGCCGAACCCAGCCUCCAAGCAGAUCGAGCUGGACCUGCUGCGCACACUGCCCAGCAACAAGCACUACCGCUGCCCCACCUCGGAGGGCGUGCAGAAGCUGCGCAACGUGCUGCUGGCCUUCUCCUGGCGCAAUCCCGACAUCGGCUACUGCCAGGGCCUCAACCGGCUGGCAGCAGUGGCGCUGCUGUACCUGGAGCAGGAGGACGCCUUCUGGUGCCUGGUGGCCAUCGUGGAGGUCUUCCUGCCCCGCGACUACUACACCAAGACGCUGCUGGGCUCCCAGGUGGACCAGCGCGUGUUCCGGGACCUGAUGAGCGAGAAGCUGCCACGGCUGCACGCGCACCUGGAGCAGCACCAGGUGGACUACACGCUCAUCACCUUCAACUGGUUCCUGGUGGUCUUUGUGGACAGCGUGGUCAGCGACGUUCUCUUCCGGAUCUGGGACUCCUUCCUGUACGAGGGCCCGAAGGUCAUCUUCCGCUUCGCCCUGGCCCUCUUCAAGUACAAGGAGGAGGAGGUGCUGAAGCUGCAGGACUCCAUGUCCAUAUUCAAGUAUCUCCGGUACUUCACGCGCACUGUCCUUGACGCUCGGAAGCUCGUCAGCAUCUCCUUUGGGGACCUGAACCCCUUCCCGCUGCGCCAGAUCCGGAACCGGCGCGCAUACCACCUGGAGCGGGUGCGGCUGGAGCUGACGGAGCUGGAGGCCAUCCGCGAGGACUUCCUGCGGGAGCGCGACGCCAGCCCCGACAAGGGCGAGUUGGGGAGUGACGAGGAGGACGCUUAGUGCCCGCCGGCCGCGGGGCGCUGGCUCCUGCCUGCGUGCCAGGGGCCUUGGCCCUAAGACUCCCGAGCGUUUCCUGCCCCGAGUGGCGGCUGGAUCCCCAGGAGGCCCCGUGCACCGUGGCUGUGAGCAGGGGAGCCCCGGCCGGCAGGUCCUGCCCCACGCAGUCAGAAAGUCUCCAAGGGCAUCCCCGGGGCUGAGCCACCCCUGCUAGGACUUGCUGGUUCGUGGCUUUGCGGGUGCAGCUGGCGAGGCCUCCGCGGCUCCUGGGUCCCGCCCGGGUCUGCAGAGCAGCCUCACCUCCAGGCCUGGUCCAGGGACACAGUGUCGGCUGCUUGCAGAGCGGGAGGCCCCUGGGCUGGGCCAGGGCUGUGAGGCCUGUUGGGCCUGUCCCCUAGGCUGCCUGUGCGCGGGGUCGCUGGCCAGGGGCUUUCGUUGACCACUGCCGCCUGCAGUGUGAAUUCUGGCCAAGGCGCAGGCAGGGUGGUCACUCCGGAGCAGCCCCUGCAGGUCUGUGAGCUGCUGGCCGAGUCCCCAUCGUGCGGACUGGGCUGGUCUCCUCCGGUGUCAACAGUGUGUGAUCAUUACCUUUUGGGGGGCAGCUUCUGGAGGCUCUUCCAGAAGCCGGGCGGGAGGGGAUGGGUGAGGGUUGGGCUCUGGGGUCAUGCAGCCAACCCGCCCGUCCUGGGCGCAAACCCGCCAUUGCUCCUGGGAGGGCGGCCUGGAAGCAGCUGGACUGCGGCCCUGCCCGGGCACCCGAGCUGCUGCCUUUGCAGGGGGUUUGAGAAACCGGGGCCGGGGGGUGGGAGCUGAGACCAUUUGGUGUGAAUCGCUGGCGAAGGCCCCCCACGUGCGCCCCCACCACCCCCGGCGGACCCACAGUGGCCUGAGGCCGGGCCCGCUGGGAGCCUCUAAGACCUGACCUGGCGGGGUUUGUUCUACGGGCCGAACGUCUGUUAAUACUUCUGUAUAUUUUCACUACAGUUUAUAUUUUUAUAGGCUAUUUUUAUGGAAGUGUUUCUGGAUUUUCUACAUCUGUUUUGUAUGGCGCGUGCCCCCACCUGUGCGUCUGCCACCCCUGCCCACCCCCUGCCCACCC